AUGCUAAAUACCCCGCCCGAGCGAUUGGGCUUCCGACACGCGGCAAACACGAUCCCCGACACCGACGACGAUGGAAACAUACAGUACCCCGAGGCGCGCCUCGAAAUCGAGAAUGGCCUGCAUCAGCUGGAGACGCUGCUCGAAGCGACCGUAGAUAAAGCCUUUGACAAGUUUGAGAUUUACGUGCUGAGGAACAUCCUCAUGGUGCCGGAUGAUUUGGUGCAAUGGAUGCGAUUGAGCCACCACGAGAAUAUCUCAUUUGACCACCCGCCCGAGAAUGCUCCCACACCGGAGUCCAUCACCGCCCAGCGCAAAAAGCUACGCGAAACGCGGAAGCUGAACCAUCUCCUCCAACAAGAGAGCGCGCGAAACGAAGCCUUGAUCUCACAGCUCCGCUCCAUGCUCGCACCCACGGAAUCCCGCGCCCAAGGCCAGAUCCCAGCCGACGAGAGCAAUUCCAACCCCCUAUAUCCCCAGCUGCCUAACCUGUCCUUUCUCUUCACCGACCCAGCCGCCAAACGUCUCAACGUGGGUGACGAUGGCGGCCCGUCGCAUACCCCCGUUACUACCAAUACUACAUUUCUCCUCUCGCAACUCCCCGCGCUACAGGCAGUAUUGGCACAGCUACGACCAAAGUUGACGAAACUGUCUGCGUUGCUGGACCAGGCGGGCGAGUAUGAUACUAAGCGGGAAGACCGGAGGCGGUAUAUUGAUAGUCGGACGAAUUUACAUCUGGAACGAAUCGGUGAACUGGGAGGCAGGGCCGCUCAGGUCAGGGGGAGGAAGGUCGACGAGGCAGAAUUGCAGGCGCUCGAGAGCGUUGUUGGGAUGUUGGCGAAAUAG